CUCACUUCGCUCUCUGCUCACAUCUCAUUUCCCGGAGCCCCCCUCUCUCUCUCUCCUCUUUCUCUCUCUUGUCAUUUUGUUACUUCUAUAUAUGAAUCCUCUCCGCCGCCUCAUUUUCAUUCUCACUGCUUCUCUCUCUCUCUCUUCUCUUUCUUGAAUUCUUCUUCUCUGCAAGACUGGGACACACAUAUCAAACAUCUCCUGCGAAUUUGCUAAUUAUAAUCAGAAAUGGGUGGUUGUUUCUCCUCUGAAUCCGAUUACUCUCAUCGUCAGAGGCUCACUGCAAAUGUGGUCUCCGUCAAUGGAGAAUUGCGGCAGUACCCUCUCCCCAUCACAGUCUCGCAAGUGCUUCACUUUGAGGCCGGGUCUCCGGGUUCUUUCUUCGUCUGCAGCUCCGACGGGUUGUACUUCGACGAUUACAUACCGUCUCUCGACGCGGAGGACGAGUUGGAGUCGGCACAGAUCUACUUCGUGCUGCCGGUUGCUAAGCUUCAACAUCGCCUCGCAGCCGCCGACAUGGCUGCUUUAGCUGUUAAGGCCAGCGCGGCGCUCACCGCUUCCGAUCGCCGGCGAAGCAGGAAGGCUCGGAUUUCCCCUGUUUUGGCGGCGGAGGAAGAUCCUCAAUCCAACCAUCAAAUCCUCAACAAAAUCAGUCCCCUCAGCGGAAAAAGUGGGAGUAAAGGUAGUAGCAGUUCGUCGGGGUUAGGGAUUUCGAGAUCCGGUUCAAUGAGGAAGUUGCAGAGGAACUCUUCCCGACGAGCUAAACUGGCCGUUCGAUCAUUCAAGUUGAGGCUGACCACAAUCAAUGAAGGAUCUGUUCUCUACAAUUGAUGAUGAUAAUCAUAUGCUAAAAUGGGAGAUGAUGAAUGUUGAUUCUUGGGUUUGAUGGGAGAUCUCUUGUUUGGAUUUUUGGGAGAACGGGAGAGUCUCUUUGAGGAGGAAAUUCAAAUAAGUAAAUAUUUUUAGGCAUUGGAUGCAUAUAUGUAAGUAUGUAUGUAAGUUACCCCCCAAAAAGGAAAAGAGUAUUUAUGUAUCUAAUCUAUUCCCAUUUUGAAUUUGUUAGGGAAAAUAUGAUUGAUUUGGUCAUCUA